CCCGCCUGGCCCAUGGCGGGGCCGCGGGACCCCGCGGAGCGCUGCUCCUGCCGCAACACCAACUGCGUGGAGCGGCCGCUGCGCCGGCUCUUCGAAGGGCUGGCGAGCGCCGUGGCCGCCUGCCCCUGGCCCUUCGUGCUGGUGCCGCUGCUGCUGUCCGGCGUGCUGGGCGCCGGCUUCGUCUUCUUACCGCAGCGGCAGGCGAACGACAUCGAGGAGCAGUUCACGCCGACGUGGGGGCCCGCCAAGGCCGAGCGCGACUUCGUGCGGCGGCACUUCCCCACCGACGACUCGGAGCGCUUCUCCGCCCCGCGGCUGCCCACCGAGGGCGCCUACGCCGCCCUCAUCGCCGUGGCGACGAACGGGACCUCGGUCCUGGAGCCGGCGGCGUGGGCAGAGGUGCUGCGGCUGAACGCGGCCGUGCGCGACGCCGACUACGAGCGGCUCUGCGCCCGCACCGCCGGCGGCUGUGCCAGCCCCAACCCGCUGCUGUCGCGGCGGGGCGAUGCGGGACCGCCCGCCCCGGGCAGCCUCCGCUUCCCCGUCAACGGCAGCGAGUUCCUGGGGGCCGCGCUGGGCGGCGUGGAGACGGACGGCGGGCGGCUGCUCGGGGCGCGGGCCCUGAAGCUGGUGUAUUACCUGCGGGAGGACGGCCCCGAGGCAACAAGAAGAGGAAAAGUGCUUUAUCGUUUCUUGUUGUUUUAACGGCAGGUGACUUACUUUACCUCGCUGUCCAGACAAGAGGAGUUUGAAGGCAAUACCAGGAGUGUGAUCCCGCUCUUCUCCAUAACAUAUUUCCUGACAAUAACCUUUUCAAUCAUCUCUUGCCUAAGACUGAACUGCAUAAGAAAUAACACCUGGCUUGCAAGCUGUGGAGUGCUUUCUUCUGGCUUAGCAGUAUUAAGCAGCUUUGGAUUGCUGCUCUUCUGUGGAGUGCCAUUUGUGGUCACUGUAGCAAAUGCACCAUUCCUGAUUCUGGGGGUUGGCGUUGAUGACAUGUUCAUCAUGAUUGCUUCCUGGGAACAAAGUUUAAGGAAAAAAGAGAAGUCCAAUGUUAAAUCUCUGCUGGCUGAGACUUACACAGAGGCAGCGCUUUCUGUGACCAUCACCACUCUGACAGAUGUUUUGGCCUUCUUCAUUGGCACCUGGACUGCUUUUCCAUCCGUGAGGUCUUUUUGCCUCUAUACGGGCACAGCUUUUGUCUUCUGCUAUGUAUAUACCCUGACCUUCUUUGGGGCAGUUCUGGUAUUAAAUCACAAAAGGGAGCAAGGGAACCGACACUGGCUGACUUGUAUGCGUGUGGAUGUAGGUAAAGAUCAGGCUGAGAACUCCUGCUUGUACAAUGCUUGCUGUAUUGGCAGCUGUUCUGGGCAGCCAUCUCAGCCAGAAGGUGAGCAUCCAAUGAGCACAUUCCUUAAAAAAUAUUAUGGCCCUUUUAUUACAAAUAAAUGGAUCAAGGUGCUCAUGGUGUUGCUGUAUGGAGCAUAUUUGGGUGGCAGCAUUUAUGGGUGUACUCAGAUCAGGGAAGGCAUUGAUCUCCGAAAUCUGGCAAAUGAUGCCUCCUACGUUAUUCCAUACUAUGAUGAUGAAGACAAAUACUUCUCCACAUAUGGACCCCGGGUCAUGGUUGUCAUUGCUGAGAGUGUAGAUUACUGGAAUGAGUCGGUGCGUCUUGGCAUUGAGAGCUGCACACAGAAUUUAGAGAACAUUCCCUAUGUAGAUAAGAACUACUCGGAGUCAUGGCUGAGAGUAUACACAGGACUUGCCAAAAGGGGUUUGCUCAUUCCCAACCCAUUGUGCUGCUUGUGGGUGACUUUUGCUAUAGCCUCUGUUAUAGUUGGCGUUGCUGGUUUCAUGACAUUCUGGAACGUCAACCUCGAUUCCAUAUCCAUGAUCAACCUGGUCAUUUGCAUUGGGUUUUCAGUAGAUUUUUCUGCUCAUAUUUCCUAUGCCUUUGUUACGAGUGGAGAGUCAUCAGCCAAUAAAAGGUCAAUUGAAGCUCUGUCCCUGCUAGGUUACCCAGUUCUACAGGGUGCAGUUUCUACAAUACUAGGCGUAGCUGUCCUGGCUGCAUCAAACACCUAUAUCUUUAGGACAUUCUUCAAGAUCAUGUUCCUUGUUAUUUUGUUUGGGGCUCUUCAUGGUCUUGUUUUUAUUCCAGUGUUUUUAACCUUUUUUGGAAACUUUGGCAGUUCACCUCACAAUACCGUGUCUAAAAAGUUAGAGCAUAGGUUUAGAAAUGAUAAAGACUGUCCAUGA